AAUGCUUUUACUGGUUUUUAAUAAACAGAGUUUUAUAUAUCAAUUUUAGAUAGUUAAAUAUUAUAUAAUUAUAUAAUAAAGAAAAACUCAAUAGGUAUUAUUGUUUUCUUUACAAAGGCAUUGCUGUGAGAAAUAAUAGCAAUAAUGUCCGCAAAUGUCACACAUACGGAAAAAGAACUGGAUUUAAGUAAUGCCAGCCGCGGUGUAUGGCUCGUUAAAGUGCCAAAAUACAUAGCCAACAAGUGGGAAAAGGCGCCUGGCAAUAUAGAAGUCGGCAAAUUGACAAUCACCAAAAAUCCUAGACAAAAGGCUGAAGUAUCUCUCAGACUGUCAGAAGCUGUGUUAGCUUUGAAAGAACCUGGUGAAGGGGAAAUACCAAAACAACAUAGAUUAGAUGUUACAACAGUUACUAAACAAACGCUAGGAGUGUUUUCUCAUGUUGCUGCCUCUACAAGCACAGAUGCAAUUGUCCCGGAAACAGAGAAACUCUUUAUGGAAGGAAGAAUUGUACAGAAGUUAGAAUGCAGACCAUAUGCUGAUAAUUGUUAUAUGAAGUUAAAACUAGAAAGUAUCAAGAGAGCUUCUGUGCCACAGAGACAAGUCCAACAGUUAGAUAGAGUUGUACAAAACUUCAAGCCUGUAUCAGAUCACAAACACAAUAUUGAGUACGCUGAAAAGAAAAAAGCAGAAGGAAAGAAAAUGAGAGACGAUAAAGAUGCGGUGCUGGAUAUGCUUUUCGCGGCAUUCGAGAAACAUCAGUAUUACAAUAUAAAAGACCUCGUAAAAAUCACAAAGCAACCUGUUGUUUAUCUAAAGGAAAUCCUUACGGAAGUUUGUAAUUAUAACUCAAAAAAUCCUCAUAGAAACAUGUGGGAAUUGAAACCGGAGUAUAGACAUUAUAAGGAAGAGGAAAAACCUGCAGAGAGCACUUCAAAAAAAAGCAAUGAAUUAGAGGACGAUUGAUUCUUUUAUAUAUAUAUAUAUAUAUAUAUAUAUAUAUAUAUAUAUAUAUAUAUAUACACAUAUUUAUUACUGAAUAUGGAAUUGUUUUUUAUAGUAUAGUUACUAUUUUUUUAAAUUCUUCGAAUAUAAAGUUUAUAAUUGCAUAAUUUCUUAGGAUAAUACUCGCUCUUCACGUAUCCCAAAAAAAUUUACAUUAAAUCAACGUUAUGCAUUUCGAAAAUUUGAUAUGAAAUAACUACUUUGAAAAAUUUAGUAUUGCACUUUACAGUGUUUUUGUCGAUUGGAUUCUGCGUACUCAGAUAUUUGCAAAUGCUUGAAACAUAAGCAUAGAACCGCGUAAAAGUUCCAUUUCUACCACAUCAUUAGCGGGAAUGAACAAAACGGAGCCAUGGGAAAAAAUCUUUGAGGAUAUUUUUGCUUCCCCAGUGACAAUUAAAAGAAUACUGGCUGACGUUCUCGGUUUUAAAGUGUAACGUGGUAGUCCGACGGGUAACUGUAAAAUAUUUAAGAUCAAUAUAUAUGUGAAUAAAUUAAUCAAAUACAAUAAAACAUUUAUGGUCACUAAUAUCAAACAA